AUGUCAGCAAACAAUACAUUUAAAACUUUUCAACAACUUUCUCAACAGUUAAAUGAAGGAUGUGAAGUUAUCGGUAAUGUGCUUCGUAAUUGGCAGAAUGUAUUUAACUUUGUUCAACCCGAAAAUAUUACAGCUCAAAACUAUUCAAAGAUCACUUUAAAGAAAUCUGAUUCUUUUAAUAAUGACAUUUUUAAUGUAUAA